AUGGCAAGCUAUGAAGAAAGUAGUCAAGCUGUAACUCCUGGCGACCAAGGCGCACAAGGUAACAAAAUAUGUCAGUGGUAUUGCUGUUCUUGCGGAAAGAGUUACGGAACUAUCAUGUACAAACAGGUUGAGGACCUUGAACGGGAGGCAUUAAUGACCAAUUUGAAGUACUAUAGUCAGCUCACAUAUUCAAAUGUAAAUGAAGACAGAAGUGAAUGGUGGAGUGAAGGAGACACUGGUUACAAAUAUGAAGCCGGUGAUAGUGAGCGUAGAUACAACGCUAGGCUGUCGAUGAUGUCUUCUCUCACGUCCCCACUGACGUCCAUUUCGUCCUAUGAAGCACCUGGAAUCACAGAUGGCCGAUGCCAGACGAAUCCUAAUGGUCGCGAAGAAGAAUAUCACCAGCAUCACCAGCAUCAUAAUCAUCAUAAUUAUCACGAUAAUAAUCAACAUAAUCAUCACGAUAAUAGUUAUAAUAGCAAAGACACCGUAAUUUUGGAUGUACCGACAAGAUUUACAUGCAGCAGAUGUAAUCAUAUGAUGUGUCCAUACUGUCUCAAAACCCGUUAUAAGGAUUUACAUUGA